GCGCCGGCCAAUGGCGGGGCGCCUUAUAUCGCGGGGAGUGUUGUGGCGCUGCCCGGGUUGCAUGGCUCUGUGUGGAGCCGCGUUCCGCGGGCGCCGAGGCGGAGGGGUUGCGCUGCGAGCCGCGUCCGGCCCAGCGGCGCGGUGCGCACCCCGCCGAGGUCACUAUCACAUGACAAAGGCUUUGAGACAGCUUCAUCUUCGUCUGUCUGUAAUUUCCAUUUGCCUUCCUGGGUCACAGUAAUGAAAGGCAGUAGUAGGAAUAAGGAUCACUCAACAGAAGGUGAAGGAACUGGGAAGCGACCAAAAAGGAAGUGUCUUCAGUGGCAUCCCCUGCUUGCCAAGAAACUCCUUGACUUCUCUGAAGAGGAAGAAGAAGAAGAAGAAGAGGAAGAUAUUGAUAAGGUGCCGCUCCUUGGCCCUGAUGGUUUAGAGCAGGAUGCUGAUGAGACCGAAGAUGACGAGUCCUCAGAGCAGCGAGCUCGCCGACCAAUGAAUGCGUUUCUCUUGUUCUGCAAGCGCCACCGCUCUCUGGUGCGGAAAGAACACCCUCGCCUCGAUAAUCGUGGCGCAACCAAGAUCUUGGCAGAUUGGUGGUCUGUUCUAGAUCCAAAAGAAAAACAGAAAUACACUGACAUGGCCAAGGAGUACAAGGAUGCAUUUAUGAAAGCAAAUCCAGGGUACAAGUGGUGCCCCACAACCAACAAACCUGUGAAAACCCAGGCAUCCAGUGUUACAAACAGGAAAAAGCUAUGGGCCAUUGCAUCAGACUCUGCAAAAGACUUACCGAGCCCAAGGAAAGUAACCAAAAGUGAAGAAAUGCCACAACUUAACUUUGGGAUGGCAGAUCCUACACAAAUGGGAGGCCUGAGUAUGCUGCUUCUAGCAGGGGAACAUGCACUUACUGCACAAGAGGUUUCCUCCAGUACUUGCCAGUCUGAUGCAUCUAAUUCUACAGAAGCCUGUCAGAAGUCAUCAUUGUUUCAGUUUGCAGAGAUCUCUUCCAACACGUCACAGCCUGGAGUCCUGGGGGCAGUAAAACAAACGGAGGAGUCUGCACUGUUUCAGUUUGCUGAGAUCUCAUCAAAUACUUCCCAGUUGCCAAGUCCCGAGCCAGUAAAGCACUGUGGGAAGUCGGCACUCUUCCAGUUGGCGGAGAUUUCUUCAAGUACAUCCCGUUCAGGGCCUUCUGAUUUAACGAAACCGUGUGGAACAUCAGCAUUAUUUCAGCUGGCAGAGAUGUGCCUUGCUUCAGAAGGAGUAAAAGUGAAAGAACCUGGGAAAACAAAAGUGGAAGCACUGGAAGAUGAGGAAGGGGAAGUUUCAGAGGACAUGGAAGUAGAACUGGAGAAAACAACAUUAAAAGACUCCAGUAAAGGAAAAGUAGAACAAUCAGAGAUAGAGAAAAUGAGAAACCCAGAUGAAACAAAAGCUGAGGAAUCAGAAACUGCAAAAUGCAGAGAUUUUACUAGUCUUGCAAUGGAAAACAGUCCUUUUGAGAGAAAGGAUAACACAAAGGAUCACACGUGCCGUUCUCCAGAGUUUUUCAUGAGUGACAUGACUAUCCUUGGGCUAAAGCCAGAAAAGAUAAAGAAGAAAAAGAAAAAAAAUAAGUUGGACCGCCACACAAAUGAGAAAUCCACCCCCAAGAAAUCUUGUAAAAAGAGGCAGUCCUCUGAGUCGGACAUUGAAAGUGUAAUGUACACGAUUGAAGCCGUGGCCAAGGGGGACUGGGGUGCCACUGAGAGACUCGCGGACACUCCCCGCAAAAAAUCCCGCCCUGUCUCAAAUGUGAAGGGAAGCAUGUUGGACACAAAAUCACCAAAGAAAAAAGUGAAAUCGAAAGAGAAGAAAACAUCAAAGGAGAAACCGACGGAGACCACCAAAGAGUCAAAACCUCCCGAUUUCCUUAGUAUUGAAGCCGGCAAGGAAGUACCGUGUGAGGCUUCCAAUAACAUUAAAGUGGAACCACUGACCCCAACAGAGGAGGUGGUACCCCAGAGCUUACCAGAGCAGGUCAAAACUGAGGACAGUGACUGUGUUAAAAAGAUAGAAACCUGUGGCUCCAGGAAAUCGGAGAGAUCUUGCAAAGGUGCUCUUUAUAAAACUCUGGUGUCAGAGGGCAUGCUCACAUCUCUGCGCGCUAAUGUGGACAGAGGAAAAAGAAGCUCAGGAAAAGGUAACUCCUCAGAUCAUGAAGGAUGCUGGAAUGAAGAAAUCUGGGCCUUUUCCCCAAGUGGGACAAGUGGGAACAAAAAACUGAAAAAGACUAAGCCAAAGGAAGAGUUUGUUUUUGGCUUAGCAAAAUUGGAAGAAGAAUUUGCAAAGAAAUUCAACAGCCUCCCUCAAUACAGUCCUAUUACCUUUGACAGGAAAAAUUCAGCUGUUUCGAGGAAAAAGCGAAAGAUUGGAAGCGGCUCAUGUGAACUACCAAAAUCCAACAAAGCCAUACUAUUAGAAGACAGAAAUUCCAGUGAGUCAGCCUGGAAGAAUAAAAUUUCUAUAUCUUCCCUAAACACUCCAGAGCCAGCAAUGAUGCACGAGCCUUUAGUUGGCAGCCAGAAAAGGAAAGCAAGGAAAACUAAGAUCACGCAUCUUGUCCGAACAGCAGACGGGCGAGUGUCACCAGCAGCAGGGACACUGGAGGAGAAGCCAAAAGAGCUGCCACAAAGUACUCUCCAAAAAUCAUCAAGUGCAGAAACAGAUUGCAACAGUGAAUGCUCCAGAAACACAGAGACAGAAGAAAAUCAUAGUAUUACGUCAGAUAUGCCAGCGGUGUCUGCAUUUUUUAGCUUAGCUGCUCUGGCAGAAGUAGCAGCCAUGGAAAAUGUACACAGAAGUCAGAGGGCCACACCUCUCCCACAUGAUGGACAGCCAAAUGAAAUGUCUCAGGCUCCAGUGCUUAUUUCCUGCGCUGACCAGUGAAGCUCCACUUUAUUGUAAAACAUUGUGCUUUUCCUAAUAUCCUAGCCUUGUCUUUACCAAGGGAAGCUAGUCAGUCCAUAUGAUGGAACUAGAGACUGCAAUAAAGUGCUUAUUGCUCUGAGUGGCCCAGAAUUCACUGGAAGCCAGACGUUAGCAACAUGGGCCAGGUCCUCAAAUUGGAACCCAGUAUGUAGGAGAGUGAUAUUGUCUAUUAAUGAACUGAAAUGGAGUGGAAUGAUCCCAGAGCUUGCUUUCUAUUGAAGGCUUUUAAACAGUAAACAGGUGGUUGGUGUGAAAAAGGCUGCCUUUACUGUUAGCUCACACAGCAUCUCUUUUACCAACCAGAGAGUACGACAACUAGUUUCAUAUAAUACCUAGUUAUUCUAAAUGAAAAAGAAAAAAAAAAACAC